CUCGCCUAAGGACCAGACAGCGGGUAGCAUUACAAAAGCGAGGCCACUCUUUGUCGGAGAGGGGCUCCUCCUUUCCCCUGUCACCCAGCAUCUUUCUCCUUCACUCUCCACCCAGCAAGCCUGCAGUAGCCUGCUCAUCAUCGUCGACAACAUUGCGGCGUGAGAGUAGCCCAGCCCAGGCGCUAACUUUAACCUGAAUUUAACUGCUGUGAUGAUUUUGCUCAAGGUGCCGCACAGAUAUUGUAGAUGUCAUGACUAACCGCAGUAGCCUACAUACGGAAUAAUGAAAACGGUUUACUGUUUGGAUGAUAGACAAAAUCAGGAGCACGUUAACAAAUUUUCGACGUCUGUUUUGGAAGAAUUUUUAUGCUUCGUUGGAUAGCUUGUCCUUUGUCACCUUCUGACAUCUCUUACGAUAAUCAUUAAGUCAGCUGGGUUCUUCUCUAUGUGUGUUUGUGGAGCUGGGUAGCCCUAAAGCACGCCUGUAGGAAGGAGUCAGGAGCACCUGCUCUGCCGCUCAGCCAAGGACCCCAGCGCUCUCCCACCCGCGAGGUGCCUGCCUCUACACAGCAGACAGGAUGACAUGGCGUCCUCAGUACCGCAGCUCCAAGUUCCGCCACGUGUUCGGUAAGCCCGCCACCAAAGAUAACUGCUACGAUGGCGUGCCCAUCACACGGAGCGUCCAUGACAACCAUCUAUGCGCCGUCAACCCACGCUUCCUCGCCGUCAUCACCGAAUGUGCUGGAGGCGGAGCUUUCCUGGUGCUGUCAAUCCACCAUACUGGAAAGGUUGACCCGCAUCACCCACGAGUGUCCGGCCACAGGGGGAAUGUUCUGGACAUCAAAUGGAAUCCGUUCGAUGACUUCUGCAUAGCCUCCUGCUCAGAGGACGCCACGGUCAAAAUAUGGGACAUACCAAACCAUGGAGUCCUGAAGAAUAUCACUGUGCCUAUGAAGGAGCUCCAAGGGCAUUCACGCAGAGUAGGACUCAUCGAGUGGCACCCCACUGCCAGCAAUAUACUCUUCAGCACUGGCUAUGACUACCAGGUCAUGAUCUGGAAUUUAGACAGCCCAGAGCAAGUCAUGAAGAAUCCGAUACGGACAAUCAGCGUGCACCAAGAUGUGGUUCUCUCCAUGUCCUUCAACAUGGAUGGUAGCCGACUGGCCACCUCCUGCAAGGACAAGAAGAUCCGCAUAAUUGACCCUCGCACAGGAGCCUUGCUUCAGGAGAACAAUUGUAAGAACCACAAGGCCAGCAAAGUUCUCUACCUGGGGAACAUGAAGAUGCUCUUCUCCACUGGAUGCUCCAGAUGGAACCAUCGGCAGUUUGCACUUUGGGAUCAGGAGGAUCUCUCGGCUCCUCUUUUGCAAGAUGACCUGGACGGCUCCUCCGGUGUGAUCUUCCCCUUCUACGACCCCGACACACACAUGCUGUAUCUGGCUGGAAAGGGUGAUGGGAACAUCAGGUAUUAUGAAAUCAGCUCAGAGAAGCCCUACGUCCACUUUCUCACAGAGUACCGCUCACAUCUACCUCAGAAGGGAAUGGGUUUCAUGCCAAAACGUGGGCUGGAUGUGAGCUCAUGUGAGGUUUUCAGGUUCUACAAGUUAGUGACAAUCAAGAGCAUCAUUGAGCCUCUCUCCAUGAUCGUCCCCCGCAGGUCGGAGACGUACCAGGAAGACAUCUACCCAAUGACUGCUGGAAAUGAGCCCGCCAUGACUGCAGAUGAGUGGCUGGGUGGAAUGGACAAAGGGCCUGUGCUGAUGUCCCUGAAGCCAGGCAGCAAGGCCGACUCCGUGUCCGACCUGAUGUCAGGCAAGGCCCUGAGCAGCUCGCUGGAGACCCGACGCUCCCAGAGCCGACCGGGCCUGCUGCAGCUGUCCUACAUUCAGAAUCAGUUGGACACCAAGGAGAACAAAGAGCCCUCGCCCGCCAACCAGCUGCGGCCCUGGCAGGACGAGAAGAAUGGCAGCGCUGUCAGCAACGGGCAAGACCCAACGCAGAGCUCGCCACCCAAAACAGAGAAUGAGUUGCGACAAAUGUUCUACAGGCAACAGGAGGAGAUCCGGCGUCUGCGGGAGCUCCUGAGUCAGAGGGACGUGCGGAUCAAGCAGCUGGAGCUGGAGAUCAAAAACGUGAGGAACUCCCAGGGACCCUACUGAGAAGGAGGCAACACACACACACACACACACAAACACUCUUGCACACACACACUCUCACAUGAGACACAACACACAUGAACCUCAGAGCUCCAGCCUGACCCAGAGACCACCGGGCUGUAGUCUCAAGCUGCCCACUAUUACUAUGGGGCUCUUCUGCCAUAGCCCCAUCCUUUCAUACCGAACUUACAAGCCAACCCUUCAACUGUAUCAAGAGACUAUGCUUGACCCCACUACUGACAUGCAAAAGCCCAUAUACGCAUACAUACACAUCCAUAAUCCCCUGUCUUGUUUUAAAGCUCCUUUAAUAUUCCAUCACUUUUGAUGUGCUAUAUGUCUCAGUGGGAUCAUUUUUUUGUACAGUACAACCUCCCUCUGCAUUUCUUUUUUAAGCUCAAAAGCUAUGCAAGUUUAAUGUAUUUUUGUGGCUGAUAUUUUUUGGACUAAAAUGUAUGUGCCUGUUUUCACAGAAAAGAGUGUGUAUAUUUCCAAGUAAUCAUUGUAAAGGUGCUAUAUGUAGUUUGGGGGAAAUGCAACUAGACCUAUGAUAACACUGUUGCUCUAAAGGCAAAGGUAAAAUAUGAUGCUUUCAAAACACAUUAUUAAUUUUAGGCUUUUGAAUAUGUCCUCUUUUUAUCUUUUUAUUACUUUUUUGCUUUCUCUCCUCCACAAAAAAAGUAGUUGGCGAUGUCUAAGUGUACACCCUUGAUUUAGACAAGGCUCAUCAAUGUUGUACAAUGAAUUUACAAUGCACUUGGAUGUCGAGGAUGGUAGAGGGCAAUAAAUACCAUAUAGCACCUUUUAAAGAAAUGUGGACAUCAUAUCAACAUCGGACUAACGUCGCACUGAAUAGCGCAGUGCAAAAUGACAAGAUUGCAUUACCAGUUGCACUUGCCUCAGUGAUGUAGGUUUGAGGACCAUGUUUUCAAGGCAAAGACAUCUUGUGAUGGUAUUGUACACUGAAAUUGUUGCCUCUUUGAUGUGUAUUUUGCUUAUUUAAACUGCUGUACUGUAUGUGUGAGUGGGCUGGUGUGUUGACAAAAUGAGAGCUGUGAGGAUGACAUGAGAAGACAUGUUUGAAUGUGGGAGUGUGGGUGCAAAGGCUUAACAGACAAGCAUUACAUGAAGCACCCCAUGAAAAAAAAAAACAUACAAGUGAUGACUGAUGACCAGAUACUGUUGAGCGUUUCACCAGUCUACGGGUAGCCAAUGAUGGGCAGUGUGUUUGAGUGGCCAUUUAUUUAUUUUCUACAUGAGAAAUGUGGAAUUACCUAAAAGAAUAAUGAUGAAAAAAUACCCCUUAUUAUCCCUUAUAUAUUAUACAAAUAGCUUAGUAUCUAAAUACCCUGUUGGACAUAGAAACAGGAUCCCAUGUAAAGUUUGCAUUACACAGAAGUAGAACUCCUCAAUCUGGAUGUUGGUCACUACGCAUAACUUGGUAGGGCGCUUCUCUUCUGAGACUUCAUCUUCAGUAUGAAAGAAAUGUUCACAUCAUUUACAAUCAGCCACAGUUCAGGCACUUCCAUUGCAAUAGGUUUUGAUGUGUGUAGAAGUUUUCUACACUGCAAACCCAGUGCACUAAGCCUGCACACUGUUCACUAUGUGUGUGGCUGCAAUACAUAACAUGCUUUACCAUUUACUUCAAUACAGUUGUUUACAUGGUGCCACCAAUAUGUUAAUAUCUUUCUUUCUAUGUCAAUAUUCAUGUCAGGUGUCACCAGAAUGUGCUGCAAUUCCAAUAAAAAUGUUUGAAUGUAUUGAUCAAU